CCAUGCACCUUUGGUUGCCACUUGCAGUAGGUACCUUACCUAGAGCUAACUUGGUUCUUCUUCCGACUUGACUUGUAUAUAAUGAGCUUGGAACCCGGCUGUCCUGCGUUGCGAGUUGCCUCCCGCCAUCCAGCAUUGAUACUCGGUAACUCUACUUCGACCCCUACCCGGGCAUCCACACGCUAUGGAGGCAGAACAAAACGACAACUGGUCUUCAGAGGCGUACCAAAACGCGGCAUCGUUUGUGCCCAAGUUGGCCACAAAGGUCAUGCAAUGGCUCGAUCCGCAGAAGGAUGAUGUGAUCCUCGACAUCGGCUGUGGAGACGGCGUUCUCAAUGUAGAGAUGGCCCGAAUCAUCGCCCAAGGCUCCGGCCAUGUCCACGGCAUAGACAGCUCCCCAGCGAUGAUCACCGCAGCGAAGGCAGCGGCUGAAUGGGCUGGCGUCGCAGACAGAUGCACCUUUGAAGUCGCCGACGCAACGGCCCUCAGCUGCCACAUCGACCUCCAAAUGGGCACCUUCACCAAAGCCUUCUCCAACGCGGCCCUCCACUGGAUCCUCCGCCCGCCGCGCACACGCGCGAGCGUCUUGCGCUACGUGCGCGACGCCCUAGCCCCCGGCGGCAUUUUCGCCUUCGAGAUGGGAGGGCUAGGAAACGUGUGCGAGGUCCGCACCGCCCUGCUCUCGGCCGUGGGCCGCCGGGUUGGGCUGGCCCGGGCCCGGGAGGCUGAUCCGUGGUUCUUCCCGGACGAGGAGUGGGUGCGGCAUGUCAUGGAGGUGAAGGUGGGCGGGUGGAAGGUGGAGAGGGCCGAGCGGGAGUGGCGGCCUACGAAGGCUGAUAAGGGAGGCGUCGAGGGGUGGGUGAGGCUUAUGGCGAAGAAGUGGUUUGAGAUCUUGCCUGAGGCGGAAAGGGAGGAGUGUAUCAGGGAGGUCGUUGAUGUAUUGGAGAUUGUGCUGAGACAGCCGAGUGGGGGGCAUUCGCUUGGGUAUGUGAGAUUGAGAGUGCUGGCGAGAAAACUCUAGAGGGGAGUGCCUGCCCAACCUCAGAUUUCAUGUUUGAUGAAGGAGCUUAGCAUAUGCAUCUCAUCAGUGAAGGAGGACAAUCCAACGAUUCGGACGAAAGCAUCAAAUAUCUAACGCAAUCUAGCCUAAUCCAGUAA